AGUGUGCUCUCCAGCGGCUCGAGUGAAAGCGAGGACAGUCGGACCAUGGACACGCUGGGAGUUUUCUUUAUUGACCACGCGGAUGUGCUGUCUUCAACUCUGAUGUGGUGAUGAAAUGGUCGUGUUCCGAAAUGUGGAUUAAAAGACAUUGAGUGUCUUCAUUUGGAUUAAGGCGUUGGUCAUAGGCUACGUGAUUACCCCGUUUUUAACAAGCAUUUCACGCGCUGCUUAUUUUUAUGCAUUUUUUUCUGACGAGUGGAUUUUACAUUCCGGGGUGAUCGGCAACGUUUCAAGACAUAUAGCCUAGGCAACAUAUUGUGAAUUUCUAAGGCCACAGAAUCCAAACUAGUUGCGAAGGAUGAAUUCCAUACGACAGGUGCCCUCGCGGGUGAAAAGCAAAAGGACGGAAACUAAUUUGGGAGCGGAAAGAGAGCACUUUGAAAGACAGCAGCUCAGCAGCAUCAGCAAAGCCAUCACCUCCACAGAGACGCCGGUGAAGGAGAAACAUGCCCGCAGGAUCAUCCUGGGGACGCACAGGGAGAAGGGGGCCUUCACCUUCUGGUCCUACGCUCUGGGCCUCCCCCUGCACUCCAGCGCCAUCCUCAGCUGGAAGUUCUGCCACGUGCUCCACAAAGUGUUACGGGACGGACACCAGAACAGUUUACAAGACUGCAUGAGGCAUCACAGCAGUAUUGUGGAAGUUGGAGUGAUGUGGGGAAACAUGAGGGACCGCCAUGGUUACGGUCAACUGGUCACCAUCUACUCCAAGCUCCUGAUCACCAAGAUGGAGUUCCACACCAAGCACGCUGACAUCCGCACCAACCUGGAGGCCACAGAUGAGGUUUUUGAGCGCGCAGCAGGAACUGACAUCAACAACGUGUUCCAGAUGACGGUGGAGGUGUUUGACUACAUGGAUGCAGAGCUGAGGGUAGCAGAAUCAGUACUGCGGCAGCUGAACACCUCCAUUGCCAUCUCCACGAUGACGUCGGGUCAGUGCCGGCUGGCUCCGCUCAUCCAGGUGAUCCAGGACUGCAGCCAUCUGUACCACUACUCCGUCAAGCUGCUCUUCAAGCUCCACGCCUGUUUGCCAGCAGAUACUCUGCAAGGCCACAGAGACCGCUUCCUGGACCAGUUUCACAGCCUAAAGACUUUCUUCAAUAAGGCCAGAGACAUGCUCUUCUUCAAGAGGCUCAUCCAGAUUCCUCGUCUGCCUGAUUCCCCUCCUAACUUCCUGCGUGCGUCGGCUCUGGCGGAGCAUGUGAAGCCCAUGGUGGUGAUCCCCGACGAGGAAGAGCCCGAGGAGGCCGAGGAAGACGAGCCAGAGCCCCUGAUCGACGUCAGCGAGGCUCCCCCCACCAGCAUGGCAGCACAGCCACAGGUGGACAUAUUUGACCAGGCGUUUGGGCCCCCCAAUAACGGCUUUGAUGACAGGGACCUUCAGAUUGAAAGCCUGAAACGGGAGAUUGAGCUGCUACGAGCAGAGCUGGAGAGGAUCAAAGGCGAGGCCCAGCGUUACAUCACGCAGCUCAAGUCUCAGAUCAACAGUCUGGAGGCGGAGCUGGAGGAGCAGCGUGUGCAGAAACAGCGCGCCCUGCUGGAGAACGAGCAGCUGCGCAUGGAGCUGGAGGCCACGCGCCGCCGCAACGCAGAGCACGAGAGCCAGCAGAGUCUCUUCGACGAGGCCGACAAGAAGUCCCAGGCCACUGAGCAGCGCUACAACAAGCUGAAGGAGAAGCACGCUGAGCUGGUGUCCCAUCAUGCAGAACUCCUCAGGAAGAGUGCUGAUACAGUGAAGAUGCUGUCAGCCACUCAGCAGACUCAGGAGGAAGUGGAGAGGACCAAACAGCAGCUGGCUUUUGAAGUGGAGCGUGUGCGUCAGGAGGCCGAGAUGAAGAUGGAGGAGCAGAAGUUUGAGAUGGAGAAACUCCGCAGGGAGAUGGAGGAAAAGAAUGCAGAGAUGGCGCGAAUCAAGAGCACAAUGGAGGCUAAUACCAAGACGGAUCAGGAGCGCAGCAGCUCGUUGGUGGCGCUGCAGGCGGAGAAGGAGCGCUUGAUGCGCAGCGUGAGCGAGAAGGAGGCGGAGCUGUCGUCGGUCCGGCAGGCGCACCAGCAGAAGGAGAGCUCCCUGCAGCAGGACCGCGAGCGCAGCACACGAGAGAUGGACCAGCUGCACAGCAAACUCAAGGAGAAGUCGAGUCGAGAGGAGCAGCUGCAGCAGAAGCUGUUGGAGGAGCAGUUUGCCCUGCUGCAGGGCACUGUGACUGAGGCUGAGAACAUCAUCCAGGACGCCCUGGCCAAGCUGGACGACCCCCUGCACAUCCGCUGCACCAGCUCACCAGACUACCUGGUCAGUCGGGCUGAGGCCACCCUGGGCUCCAUUGAUAAGGUCAAGACUGGACAUGCGGACUACCUGAAGAACAUGAGCGAUGCCGGAGGCCUGCUGAGAGCUCUGACUCAGUUCUCCCACCUGACGGCCGACACCAUCAUCAAUGGCAGCGCCACUGCCCACAUGGCACCCACUGACCAUGCCGACCGUCUGACUGAGAACUGUAGGGGUUGUGCAAACAAGAGUCUGGAGUUCCUGAGGGAUUUGAAGUCUAAAGCAUCACUGAGAUCUGCUGAUCCUGCCGCCAUACGCGCAGCAGUGCAGAAGAUCCUAAUGCUGGGACAGGAGCUGAGGCCCAAAGGAGCUGACGUGGGGAAAGAUGAGCUGGGUGAUUUGGUUGAUAAGGAGAUGGCUUCCACGUCUGCUGCUAUUGAGGAGGCUGUUCGUCGAAUUGAUGAAAUGAUGAAUCAAGCCAGGAAGGACACUCAGGGGGUCAAACUAGAGGUCAACGAGAGGAUCCUGUUCAGCUGUACUGACCUCAUGAAGGCGAUCCGUGCGCUGAUCAUCUCCUCCACUGACCUGCAGAAGGAGAUUGUGGAGGGAUCACGGGGUGCUGCUACCAUUAAAGAGUUCUACGCCCGCAACUCACGCUGGACUGAAGGACUCAUCUCAGCCGCCAAGGCUGUGGGCUGGGGUGCCACUCAGAUGGUGGACUCUGCGGAUAAGGUGGUGCUGCACACGGGCAAGUACGAGGAGCUGAUCGUGUGCUCGCACGAGAUCGCCGCCAGCACCGCACAGCUGGUGGCCGCCUCCAAGGUGAAAGCGGACCGCAACAGUACGAAGCUGAGCACUCUGCAGCAGGCCAGCAGGCGCGUGAAUGAGAUGGCUGCCAAUGUAGUGGCCUCCACCAAAACAGGCCAGGGGCAGGUGGAGGAGAAAGCCCCUCCUGCCUCGCCCGCUCACACCACCACUAAAGCGCAGUAA